CACAACUAACAAAAGAAAAACAGCUCAUUCCUCACCUCAUUCCCACCUCUUUGUCUUGCCAAACAUUUGCCCCACCAUAAUCGCUCCUUCAUUGACCAUCCUCCUCCGGCCCCCUCUUUCUCGUUCGCCACCGGAACGCCAACCGCGGCCCGCCCAUGGCCGCCGACCUCGAGUGGCCUUUCGGCGAGCUACCCGGCCUCGAGGCCAAUGACAUCCGCGAGACGGCGUACGAGAUGUUCUUCAUGUCGUGCCGAUCCUCGCCCGGAUUCGGGGGGCGGAGCGCCCUGAUGUUCCAUUCCUCGAUGUGGAACCAGCCGCAGCCCGAGUCCACGUCGUCCCGGACCAAAGGAGUGGGGAUGGCCCCAAGCAGCCGGAUCAAGAGAACCCUCGGGUUGAAGAUGCUGAAUCGGACACCGUCAAAGAAGAUGGCCUCGGGUGCUGUGAGCUCGCCGUGUCCCCAGGGGGUGGCGGCUAGGCCGAAGCGACCGCUCACAUCAGCUGAGCUGAUGAGGCAACAAAUGAGAGUGACGGAGCAGAGUGAUAAUUGGCUCAGGAAAACGCUCACCAGAACCCAUGUAGGCCAUAUUGGUAAGCGGGCGGAGACGAUAAUCCUUCCACUCGAGCUUCUCCGCCACCUAAAACCAUCUGAAUUCAACGACUCAAGGGAAUAUCAUGCCUGGCAAAAGAGACAGCUCAAGAUCCUAGAAGCGGGGUUGAUUCUUCACCCGUCAAUCCCAUUGGAGACACCAAACACGUUCGCAGUCCGUCUCAAAGAAAUUAUCCAAGCCAGCGAGACGAAGAUCCUAGACAUCGGGGAAAACUCAGACACCAUGCGAAGCCUCAGCAAUUCCGUGGUGUCUUUAUCAUGGCGAAGCGCCAAUGGAACUCCUACUGAUGUUUGCCACUGGGCUGAUGGAUUCCCUUUGAACAUUCACCUGUAUGUGACCCUGCUGCAGUCGAUAUUUGACAUCAGGGACGAGACUUUAGUCCUCGACGAGGUCGAUGAGCUUCUUGAGCUCAUGAAGAAAACAUGGUUGAUACUUGGAAUCAAUCGGCCGAUACACAAUCUGUGCCUAACAUGGGUGUUUUUCCAACAAUACGUCAGCACGAUGCAGUUGGAACCUGAACUUCUUUUCGCUUCGCAUGCCAUGUUGGCAGAAUUAGCAAAUGACGCCAAAAAGCAGGACCGAGAUGCUCUAUUCAUUCAGGUUCUAUCGUUAGUUCUAACCUCGAUACGAGGGUGGUCAGAGAAGAGAUUGGGUAACUAUCAUGACUACUUCGAGGACGGGAGGAUGAACUUGAUGGAGAAUUUGCUGCCGUUUGCAGUGACUGUGUCAAGCAUUGGAGGAGAUGAUGUAAUGCUUUCCAGGUUAACAGAACAAGCGAUAGGUGAUGCUGUGACGGACCCGACUGUAGAUCUCAUGGAUGGUUACAUACGAUCGUCUGUGAAGAAUGCAUUCUCGAAGAUGGCCGAAAGAGGAUGUCAAGAAUGCGAAAUGAAUACGAGACAAGAUGAGAGUGAACGACUCAUUCGGUUGGCAAAAGAGACCAAAGAUUUGGCUUUAAAAGAAAGAGGAACCUUCAGUCCUGUUCUUAGGAAGUGCCAUCCCGUUGCAACCUCAGUCGCCGCCGUCACAUUGCACAGUUGUUAUGGACUAAUUCUGAAACAACAUUUGACUUCCGCUUCGGUACUUGACAAUGAAAUCGUGACAGUAUUGGAGAGUGCAGGGAAGCUAGAAAAAGUUUUGGCACAAUUGGUGGUCGAGGACACUGUAGAAUGCGAAGAUGGAGGCAAAAUGAUUGUGAGGGAAAUGAUUCCAUAUGAGGUUGAGUCGACCAUGUCAAGGCUUCAAAAGCAAUGGAUCGAAGGGAGGCUCAAGAAAGGCAAAGAUUGUCUACAGGGAGCGACAGAAUCAGAAAAAUGGAAUCCGAAAUCGAAGGCAAAGCCAUAUGCGGAAUCAGCUGAAGACUUGAUCAAGUUCACUAAAGAAACCAUGGACGACUUCUUCGCCAUUCGAAUGGAAAUUACUGAGGAUUUGGUUCAUGAUCUCGUAAACAGUUUAGGGAGUCUCUUUCAGGACUAUGCUGCAUUUGUUGCAUCAUGUGGAUCAAAGCAAAAUUUCAUACCUGUUCUUCCCCCUUUAACGAGAUGUCGUCGAGAUUCGAAGUUUGCCAAACUCUGUAGAAAGGUGACCCCUUGCAAGGUUGGCAUAGAAGACUCACGAGGAUGCCGGACGAGCGAAGCUGACCAUCCUCACCCAUCGAUGAGCCGCGGGACGCAACACCUUUACAUCCGCCUCAACACUUUGCACUAUCUCCUCGCGUAUCUCCACUCCUUGGACGAGAUGCUGUCACUCUCUCGCAUUGGCUCUCUUGGUCAAAAACAUUUCGGCGACAAGAAGUACCAUAACGACUGUGCUUCCUACUUUCAGAACGCCUGCUCGGCCAUACGUGAAGCCUGCCAACAUGUCUCAGAAGUUGCUGCCCAUUGCUUGAUCUUCGUCGACUCUAACCAUAUCUUCUACAAUAGCCUUUAUAUUGGUGAAGUCGCCAGUGCACGUAUAAGGCCAACUUUGCGGACAUUGAAGCAGAAUUUGAGUCUGCUUUGCAUGAUUCUCAUCGAUCAAGCACAACCAUUAGCGAUGAGAGAAGUCAUGAAGGCCUCUUUCGAUGCCUACCUUAUGGUUUUGCUUGCAGGAGGGAACUCUAGGAUAUUUUACAGGUCGGAUCACCGAAUGAUCGAGGAGGACUUCGAGUGCUUGAAGCGAUCAUUUUGUGUAUCUGGGGAAGGAUUGAUGAGCGAGGACGUAGUGGAGAAGGAGGCAGAGACGGUGGAAAUGGUGAUCGCUUUGAUGAGUCAACCAACGGACAAGCUAAUCCAAGAUAUUAGUGUUAUGAUGCGUAAAAUGGACGAGAACGGAGCCGAGGAUAUGAGGAAAAAGCAAUUUGUGCCUCCAACAACAGAACAGUGGAGUAGAUCAGAUCCGAACACGAUACUACGAGUCUUGUGCCACAGGAAUGAUCAAGUAGCGAAUCGGUUCUUGAAACGAACAUUCCAGAUAGAACGAGACGAUAGAAAGGAAGGAUUGCCGAUCUUAUGUUAUUGAUUGCAAAACAGUCAAUUAGUAGCGCAUUAUCAUUUGGGAUAUCACAGAGAAAAUUAUGUUCUGUCGUUGGUGAUUGCACUGGGAGGAAUUUUCCCAUUGAGGCUUUGAGAUGCAUGUGUGGGUUAUGUUGAAAAGGUCCUACAUUGGAGAACUGGUAUGGUGUGAAGCAGUUAAUAAUCUCAUUUGUGUCAUAAGUCA